AUGCGCCCUCCCGGACGCCUCGGGGUCCCCUCGGCGUCCCCGGCGCUGCUGCUGCUGCUGCCACUGCUCGUGCUGCUGCUUGGGGCGCCGCGCGGCGUGGGCGCAGGGACUGGGGUGGGCGCGCCGGCCGAGCUGCGGGUCCGCGUGCGGCUGCCCGACGGCCAGGUGACGGAGGAGAGCCUCCAGGCGGACAGCGACGCCGACAGCAUUGGCCUGGAGCUGCGCAAGCCCGACGGUACCCUGGUUUCCUUCACUGCCGACUUCAAGAAGGAUGUGAAGAUCUUCCGGGCCCUCAUCCUGGGGGAGCUGGAGAAGGGACAGAGCCAGUUCCAGGCUCUCUGCUUUGUCACCCGGCUGCACCACAAUGAGAUUAUCCCCAGUGAGGCCAUGGCCAAGCUGAGGCAGAAAAACCCCCGGGCCGUGCGGCAGGCCGAAGAGGUGCGGGGCCUAGAGCAACUGCACAUGGACAUAGCUGUCAACUUCAGCCAAGGGGGCCUGCUGAGCCCCCACCUCCGGAACGUGUGUGCUGAGGCUGCAGAUGCCAUCUACACCCGCCAGGAGGAUGUCCGCUUCUGGCUGGAGCACGGUGUGGACAGCUCUGUGUUCGAGGCUCUGCCCAAGCCCCCAGAGCAGGCAGUGUUGCCCCGCUGUGGACAGGCAGGGGAUCGCGGACAGCCCUGUACCUGCCGCUACAACCUGAGCCUGGCCUGGUACCCCUGCAUGCUCAAAUACUGCCACAGCCGCGACCGGCCCGCACCCUACAAAUGUGGCAUCCGCAGCUGCCAGAAGAGCUACAGCUUCGACUUCUACGUGCCCCAGCGGCAGCUGUGUCUCUGGGAUGAGGACCCCUAG